AAUAGCUUCCCUUUUCUCUCUCUUCUCCUAAGAGCUGGGCAUAGCCUAUUCUGUCAAAUCUUUCACUCGUUCAUCACUUUGUCUGCCACAGAAUUAGACAUGCCUUUCAAACAUUGGUGCUUCUACAAACUAACUUUACUUUUUUUGUUUGGGAUUAAAAGCAUAUAUUAAGGACUUGUUUUCCAGUAUAGGGAUUAAAGAUGUGUGCUAAGGCUGAUAUACAACACAACUAGAAGCAUGUUUUUUUUCAGUUAGUAACAAUCUUGGGGUUCACAGUGUGAUCAAAUAUCCUGUAACUGUAUCCUGAUUCAACACAUUCUGACUCCUGAGGGAGGAGGCCUUACUAAAGAAAUCAUUGGUUUCUAUUUAUCUGUUUCCUACCUUAGUGCCUCCCUCUCCAUCUAGUAACACUCUUGUUUUCUCUUGAACAAUUACUUUAAUCUGUAAAACUUUAAGACCUCUGAGGACAAGCAUGUCUGCCUGCAAUGCCAUGCACCCCGAGUUCCUGACCUUGUACACGUGUUCAGCAAAUAUUUGAUAAAUCAGUUAGAGAUUGAAAUAUUUCCUUUAAAAGAAAACAGGGCCUUUUGUCCAUUAGAUCUGUAAUGUUUGCUAAAGAACCAACAAAGCCAUUACACUAGAAAUAUUUACAUUCUAGGUAAUACCUUCUUUAUAUCUGUAGAUUGCUUACUUGACACCUCAGUUUAGCAUAUUACCUGGCACAGUGACUUUCAGAGUUUUACAGUUAGAUCUCACACUGACAUUGUGAUUUAGCACUACACAAAUUUCAUGGUUAGUUCUAUUGUGUACUGUGCCAAACUGUGAUUUCUGUUACAUUACAUUAAAAGACUGCUAUGUUCCUGGCAUGGGUUUAUAAUCUCAGCACUUGGAAAAUUGAGGUGGAAGGGUUGUGAGUUUGAAGCCACCUGUGCUGCAUAGUGAGAGUCUGUCUUUACUCCUUUCCCCAACAAAACCUGGUUAUUGCCUAAUCUAACUUCAUUGUUAAACUAAAUCCGCUAAAUGUCCCAGAAUUGAUAGUUUAAAAUUAUCUCAGUAUUGUAAGGGACUGAUGUUUGGAGGCGGGGUUGGUAGUGGUGGUAGAAGUGGUAUUUUCAGUGUCUAGAAUAUAACCAGAAUGAACGGAAUCUCUGGGUGGCCAAAAUAGAUAAUCACAGAGGCACAGUUAUGUCGAUGUGAGACUCAAGGGCUUAUAGGAAUGAAGCAUGCCCAUGACUUUACAUAGUAGCUGUUACCAAGUAAGGGUGGGAGAAGCAUUGGGUCAUAUUGCACCUGUAACACUGGACAUAGAGAUUAGCAUAAAUGCAAAAGUAGGUCUUUAAGGACACAUUGUAGAGCAAACAAUAAAUUUCAAGGUCUAGUGCUUAGCUUUGCAGUAUAAAAUGAAAAGUUAGAAUAUAAAUUUUGGCAAAAACCCUCCAAGCUGAUUUGUAUGUUAAGACCUAACAGUUCAUAAAGCAGCUCAUGAACUGGGCUAAAAUGAGUGCCUUGUCUCACAAUUUAAUAGUAAUCUUGGACCUUAAAUACACUGAUUUUUAUAGGUGAGGCAAAUGUACUUGUAAAAUUUUGUUUCUUGGGUCUAUAGUAAAAAGAAUGACCCACUGUCAACAUUUACCAACAUUUUGAUGUUGUUUAACUCAUGAAUUAGGUUUUUGGUUUUUGAGGAUGUGUUUUGUCAGUUUAAUGUUACCUCAGUGGCCAGACAGGUUCAGUUCUACUGUGUCUAGCAAGUUAAAAUGAAUUUUACAGUGAUUAUAAGGUGUGUUUGUGACACCCUGCACACCUAUUAUAUAUGUGUUAAUAUGAGUGUGUGUAGGUGUGUGUCAGUGAGUGUGAAGGACAGUAGUCCAUGCAUGUAUCACUCCUCACCAGGAUUUCACUGAGCGUGAAAUUCAUCCAUUUGAUUGAGUGAGGCUGUCUGACCAGUAAGCCAGAGAGGGAUUCCCUGACUCUUCCCCUGUCCUCCUUUUAGCAUAGGGGGAAUGGAUUCAAAACUUCUGGUCCAGUUUUUUAUGUGGGUACUGGGGAUCUGGACAAGGUCUUUAUGCUUGUGUGGCAGACACUUCAUCAACUGAGACAUCUUCCUAGUCCUUGAGUGUAGUUUUUCAGAUAGGGAAAGAUCUGAAAAACCACCUUGGAAGAUAACCCUGUGCAUGUUUGUACACACAGAGAACAGUGUACUUUAAUAGUGUGAAUAGAAUGUGUAUCGCACUGGGUUUGCUCGUUCACCUGAGAACCUUUCUUUUCUGUGAAGGUUAGAGAUGUAUCCACUUACCAUUGGUAUUUCUUGAGCAUCUUCAUUUAUUUUUCUUUUUUCACUGUAGGGUGCCUGUGCGAAUGUCUGAAGAUGGAUACCUUUAAGAUUGGGCUCACUGAGGCAUAUGUAUGGAAAGUUUGGGUAGCUACUUUCUAGUUAUCCUCAACACUCAGUACCAUUUUGUCAUUCCAUCAGUCAAAUAUUCCCUUUCUCUUUUAAAUGAUGACUUUGACCAGUUUGACAAGCCUGGUGCAGAACGGUCCUGGAGAAGAAGAGCUGCUGACGAGGACUGGGACAGUGAACUUGAAGAUGACUUGCUUGGAGAAGAUUUACUGUCUGGCAAAAAGAAUCAGUCGGAUUUGUCAGAUGAAGAGCUGAAUGAUGAUCUUUUACAGAGUGAUAAUGAAGAUGAAGAAAAUUUCAGUUCGCAGGGUGUCACCAUCAGUCUGAAUACCACCUCUGGCAUAGUUACAUCAUUUGAGCUGUCUGACAACACCAAUGACCAAUCCGGAGAACAGGAAUCUGAGUAUGAACAAGGAGAUGAUGAGCUAGCCUACCACAAACCUGAGGAACAAGAACUGUAUACUCAAGAGUACCCAGAGGAAGGACAGUAUGAAGGCCAUGACACAGAGCUGACAGAAGACCAAAUAGAAUAUGGGGAUGAGCCGGAGGAGGAGCAGCUGUACAGUGAUGAAGUGCUGGACAUUGAAAUCAAUGAACCUUUAGAUGAGUUUACAGAUGAAGAAUACUUGCAGGCUUAUGGUGGGCAACAAGGGCUGCAAGUGCGGGAAGACUGUGAGGCUGAAGAUGACUUAGAUGAGAUUACUGAUUCCCAGGUUGCUUCUGAGACCCACGAGGGAGGAAUGGAAACCCUGGAACUCCAGAAAGACAUCAAAGAAGAAUCAGAUGAAGAAGAUGAUGAUGAUGAAGAAUCUGGACGAUUACGUUUUAAAACUGAAAGGAAAGAAGGAACAAUUAUUAGGCUUUCAGAUGUAACUAGAGAGAGAAGGAACAUUCCAGAAACUUUGGAGCUUUCUGCAGAAGCCAAAGCCGCAUUGCUUGAAUUUGAAGAAAGAGAGCGACAGCAUAAGCAGGGACGCUAUGGUUCCCGGCGGGGAGGAAGGCGAGGAGGCUCUCUGAUGUGCCGAGGAAUGGGAGACCAGAGACGAGACAACAGUGAGAGGGGAAGGAUGAAGGAGCACAGGCCUGCCCUGCUUCCUACACAGCCUCCUGUUGUGGCUCACUCUCCAAGAUUAAUCCCUCCUCCACAGCCGCAGCCUCCUCCACCACCGCCACCACCUCAGCAGCAGCCAAUCAGAAGUCUGUUCCAGCAACAGCAGCUGCAGCCUCUACUCCCCUUACAGCACCCGCAUCACCCCUCCCCACCUCAGGGAGUGCACAUGCCCCCCCAGAUUGAGACUCCAAGGAUGAUGCUGACCCCUCCCCCAGUGACUCCUCAGCAGCCCAAGAACAUCCACAUCAACCCACACUUCAAGGGGACAGUGGUAACCCCUGUUCAAGUGCCCUUGCUGCCAGUUCCAAGCCAGCCGAGGCCUGCGGUGGGACCCCAAAGAUUUCCAGGCCCUCCAGAAUUUCCACAGCACACACCUGGACCUGUUCCCAACAGUUUUAACCAGCCACCUCGACUUCCUCUCCAGGACCAGUGGAGAGCCCCACCCCCACCUCAGGAACGGGACCCUUUCUUCUUAGGAGUUUCAGGUGAACCAAGGUUCCCCAGUCAUCUUUUUUUGGAACAGCGAAGUCCUCCUCCACCACCGCCUCCUCCCACGCUCCUGAACAGCAGCCAUCCUGUCCCCACUCAGAGUCCCUUACCGUUCACUCAGCCUGGACCAGCAUUUAAUCAGCAAGGACAGCAGCCAGUGUUCCCUCGAGAGAGGCCUGUAAGACCAGCCCUGCAGCCCCCAGGCCCAGUGGGGAUCCUGCACUUUAACCAGCCAGGGUCAGCAACUGCCAGGCCUUUCAUUCCUCCUAGACAGCCGUUUCUACCCAGCCCGGGACAGCCAUUCCUGCCUACACAUGCACAGCCUAACCUUCAGGGACCCUUGCAUCCUCCGUUGCCACCACCUCAUCAACCACAGCCCCAGCCUCAGCAGCCCCAGCAGCAGCCCCAGCAUCACCAGCAUCAGCCACCCCUUCAACCUCCCCUUCAGCCUCCACACCAGCCUCCCCCACAGCAUCAGCCUCCCCCUCAGCAUCAGCCACAGCAACACCAGCAUCACCACCACCUUUCUGCUCCUCCCCCUCCUCUGAUGCCCAUGUCUCAGCCACAGUUCAGGCCUCAUGUACAGACUGCCCAGCCUCAGUCCAACAGCAGUCGGAUGCAGUGUACUCCACGUCAGGGGCUCCGGCAUAACACAGCAUCUCAGAAUAUAAGCAAACGGCCCAUGCAGCAGAUGCAACCCACUGCUCCCAGAAACAGUAAUCUUCGUGAACUCCCCAUAGCACCUUCACAUGUUUUGGAAAUGAGUGGUAAUCGCUGCUCCUCCACACCUGCAGCUCAGGUGAAGUCCAUUGCCAACACAUCCCCACCUUGUAGGGCUGUGGUGGCUUCCAGGAGCUCACAGGGAAAGACUGAUGCAAAAGCCAAACCACUUAGUCCUGGGGCUCAACCUAAGGAAGAAGCAAAAGCAGAAGCAGAGUUUCCUGAUGAAGAUGAAGAGACAAGGUUAUAUCGCUUAAAGAUAGAGGAGCAGAAGCGACUGAGAGAAGAAAUCCUAAAGCAGAAGGAGCUACGAAGGCAGCAGCAGGCUGGUGCCAGAAAGAAGGAAUUACUGGAAAGACUUGCACAGCAGCAACAGCAGCAGCAACAGCAGCAGCAGCAGCAGCAAAUCUAUGGCUCUCAGACCCCCAUGGAGCAAGAGGAACUGGCAGCUACACCAUCACCCACCAAUGGUAACCCACUGUUGCCCUUUCCAGGGACACAAUGCAGGCAGAAUGUGAAAACCAGACUUCUUGUCAAAAACCAAGAUGUCACGGCUGCUAAUGUUCAGCCCAAAGCGGUAAACUUUGUCCCGCCUGGUGCUAAUAUGCAGCAUCAAGGGCAACACUUGAGACCAUUGAAGCAUCUGCGACAGCUGCCACACAAAGUCCUCCAUGUCAAACCUAUGGAUAUGGAGGAGACCCCCCACUCCCCACAGGCAGCCAGAGUGACAUCCCUCCAGGGCCGGCCUCAGGACACCAAGCCAGGGGUGAAGAGGACUGUCAUGCACAGGGCCAACAGUGGAGGUGGUGGAGAUGGGCCACAUGUCAGCUCCAAGGUCAGGGUGAUUAAGUUGUCUGGAGGGGGAGGAGAGAGCGAUGGUUUUUCUCACACAGAAGGACAGCCCCAGCGGCUUCCACAGCCUCCGGACAUGAGACAGCAGCCUACCCGCAAGGUGACACUGACCAAGGGAGUUCCUCAGCAGCCCCAGCACCUUCCUGUGGGGCCCCACAUGUACCCGGCUAUUCCUCCAGGGAUCAAAAGCAUCCAGGGGAUUCACCCAGCCAAGAAGGCCAUCAUGCAUGGACGAGGCCGAGGAGUGGCAGGUCCCAUGGGCCGGGGACGACUAAUGCCAAAUAAGCAGAACCUUCGUGUGGUGGAAUGCAAGCCACAGCCCUGUGUGGUAUCCGUGGAAGGCCUGUCCUCAUCCACCACUGACGUCCAGCUGAAGAGCCUGCUGAUGUCCGUGGGGCCCAUCCAGAGUUUACAGAUGCUUCCCCAGCAACGGAAAGCCAUAGCAAAGUUCAAGGAGCCAGCCCACGCACUAGCAUUUCAGCAGAAAUUCCACAGGCACAUGAUUGAUCUGUCCCACAUAAAUGUGGCCCUGAUUGUGGAGUGAUCUUGAAUGGGAGAGUUUGACCUCAUGCUGCACACAGUGUGGAAUUUCUUCAAGGAAGCUGUAGGUCGGUGCAGGAUCCCCAGAAGUGCAGGUCUCUCCGGUCUGCAGUUUGCCAACUUGUCUGCGCACCAGCCAGCCACAGGGUGAUUCCAAAAGAGAGCUAUUUAAACUGGUGGACAUGGGAUUGGAGUCUGGUGUUAGAUUGUUUUGAAUUCUGUUGUCCACAAGAACUCUGUUCUCGUGUUCUUUUGUUUCCAAGUGCUUAUAAUGCAUGUAGACCUUGUUCUUCGUGAUCCUGCUGUGCGAUUGAUUGGUCACAGAGUUUUAAAUUCAGGAAAGAAUGUUACCAGCUCAAAUUCCAAGGAUUUUUUUUCCACAGCAAAGAAUAUUUGAUAAUGGUUGCACUUAUCUUCAAUACAGGCUAGAAAAGAGUUCUCAACCAGGCUUAACUGGAGUGGUCUCAGAAAGCCCUCACAGGCUCUGGUAAAACAUAGGUAAAAAUGGGUGAUUAUGAUUGACAUUCACCUGCCCUGGAAAGCCAGGGUGUGAGAUGGGUGUCUGGGAAUGGUGCCAUGGAAGUGGCAAUUCUGCUUCUUGUAAAUACCUCCAAAGUGCCACCUGUCUCAGCAGAAACUCUCAGAUGGGCACAGUGCUAGCUAGGCAAGCACAGGGCACUCCCGAGCCAGUGGCUCUGCCACCCUGCAGGAAGCCCUCUUGGCCUAGUUUCCUGGCAUAGGUUGAGGCACAGCUUGGAGGGUGGUCAGACCUGCUUGGGCUUCUGCUUUUUAAAUGGCCUAGCUCUGUGGCCUGUGCUGUCCUUGCUUUGAUUGCCUCACUUUCCUUCGGGGCUCUGAGUUCCCUUCGGGUUGCCCUUCUAUCACAUGUGCGAGGGAUGGAUUUCUCAGCCGGACUGAUGCUGCCCAAGACAAGUGUAUCUGUCCACAUUAGCCAUUUUGGUUGAUUCCAACAGGUGAGACUUGCUUUCUACAAAGCAUCCCUUGGAAGUCCAUGCUGGGUAGACAUUGAACACAGUGCCUUAUUAUGUUUCCCCCAUGAACAACGCUUCAGUGUUUGGGUCAUACUCUAGAAUGGACUGACACUAGGACACACUCAGGACUUUUUAGUUGCAUUUUAUACCUGUAAUUUUAUCUCACAUAUCUUAGUAGGAUGGAGGGAAACAGAAGUCUGUUGUCAUCUACUGUCGCUGGUUAAUAAAGAAGGAGUUAGCGCAGGACUCGAAGCAGCUGGCUUCCACAGCUGAAGUUUUUCCUUUAAGUUUUCAAUUAAGUUGCCAAUGUUAACAACUGGAGAAUGAUAUUUCCAGGCCCCAAGACACUUUGCAUAGGAUUGAUUCUGAGAUGACACCAUGUGCUGGCAAGGAGUACUGGGGGACACAGUUGUUGUUUGAGUUUCAGGCAGUUGAGCUGAGGCAUUCAUAGAAGACCUUGUGGUAUGGUGCCACCUCUGACCACAAAGCAUCUGCCUCAUCCCUGCUUGGUGCACGAAGGGCCAGCCCUGCAGGGGCUGUAUCCAGCUCGGCCCUAGCCCAUCCAAGUGCUAUCAGCUGGUCGCCCACUGUCACUCCCACUCAUUUCACCUGGACACAGGAAAUGUUGAUAGAUAUUUCGUUAAAUUGGUGAGUUUAGUAAUAUGUUAGCUCUUGUUGGACAAGAUAGACGCCAUGUAAGGGGUUGAGGGUUAGGACACAGUAAAAUGAAUUACAAUAAUUUCACUGCUUUUUCAAAUAGUUUUGAGUGCUGGGCCUUUAAAACCCAAUUAUGCAUUUUUGUCGGAAAAGUAGGCACUGAAGCAUUGAAGUCAGGUAAGGAAACAUCCUCAUCGAUACCACUGUUCACCGAGGGUCUCAGGGCCACUUUGAGUGUGAUGAGAUACCCAGGAGCUUGUGUGUCCUUAACUGUCUGCACAUGAGCUAGUUCUUUCUUAUUGCAGUGUCCUGUGAGACCGGCUCCAAGCACUGUUUAGAACAACUGCUCACUCUGACCUUGCUAUACAUCCACUUAAAGUGGAUCGUCAGACCUGGCAAGCCAGUCCUUAAGGCUUAGCUUCUGUGAAGGAAAGCACAGAAAGUGAAAGAAGCAGAAUUAGAAAGAGCGCUCCCCACUUGCAGUGCCCUUCUCACAGUGAAGUCAGACGCGGAAGAUCUGCUGCAACCAUUAUCUCUGUUCUUUGUGUAUCAUGCAUUUAAAAUGAGGUGGAGACGCAUUAGCAUACUGUGUAAAUAUGGACCUUUUCAGAGUAAAACGUUAAUGGAAAUGCUUUCAGCUCAAACAGCAACAUCUUAGCUAUUUGUUAGUUCUUGUUUGUUGUCUUAUCAAAGUUUAAUGGAGACACUUUCAUAAUUGUUGUUGUGUGUACAUUUGAUUUUCAUAAAGAUGGUAGUAAGUCAAUGCAUUAACCCUCAUCUGUGUAUUAUUUGUUCACAAGUUCCAGCAGGUUGAAGGAACGACUCUCACAUCUGUCCUGAGGUAGAGAGUAGGGGGAGGGGACAAGGUACUUCCCCUCUCUUCGCCUUGUUUAUUUUGUGCUGUAAUGACUGUGAGUUCACUUAGCUGCUUACCUGAACAUAAUCUUAUGUUGCCCUUGGCUUGGCCACAUUUGUUAAAUCCUUAUAUUGAUACUCUUCUUGAGGGGGAAAUCUCACCUUUUCUUUUUCAAAAGAGAUUCUGAAGCAACCCCCCACCCCACCCUGGCCCCCGCCCAAUCCAAAUAGGCAGCUUCUUGUGCAGGUCCUGUGCCCAUGGCUUGCUGUGGAGGAGUGUGGCUGGAUGGGGUGGGAGGUGGGUUUUCCAUAACCAUUUUCAUCUGGGUAGUUCUCAUGUGAUAUGCAACAGUCCAAGAUGAUUGUCUGAAUCAGGAUGGAGCUUAGGUCCUGCACCCAUUGGUCGUUCCCCCCAAACCCCCACCAAGCAGCAUUCUGCCUGAAGCAGGUAGAAGGCUCUGCUGCUCAUGGAAGCUGGUAGGGAACUUAAAAGGCAUGGGAGGGAGGACUGGACAGUGAUCCAGUGGGCAAGGAGAGUUUAUAGGCUGAAAUGUCAGUGAUGUACACUUCUGUUGGGACCCCAAUGGGUGGUCCUUCACUUAGGUGUAGAGCCCCACAGAUGGGUAUGCGAGGGAAUUCUCAGGGUAACAUAAGCUAGGUGAAGGGUCUUUUGUGGAGAACUAGGCUUAAGGACUGUCCCUGUCUUCUGUCUUGGUUUUUGUUUGUUCGUCUUCUAUUUCCUUGUGGCAUUAUUAGGAAGGUGAGCUUGAUGUAGACCAUUGACUGACGCUAGUCAAAGUGUAGGUCCUUGUGACAUAAGAACACUAGCCCAAGAGGUCCAUGCAGUAGUUAAAUAUUGGUUUUGGUCAUCAUUGGGUGCUCUGAGGGUCUUCUCUGUAUCCUCUAACCCAAGACAAAAUGCACGAGUCAGGAAGCACUUCCUUGUGCCAGAGCUGUGGGCCGCACUGGGGGCUCUGUUGCUUGCUGUUCCCCUUUCUGAGAAUCGGCUUUAAUUCCUACAUCUGCUGUUGGACCCAGCUCUGGCUUUGCAUCCUUACUCUCAUGCCCAGGUGCUUCAUUACUCAGAGAGGGAGACGAGGUCUAGGGCGUUAUACCUUGAUGUGCUCUGCAAAGAGGUAACUAACGGGACACAGGGUAGCCAAGAACAAAACCCCUCCCCACUAGAAGCCACUAGAAGUUUAGCUCAGUUAUGGGAGAGCCUUAGACACUUGACCAAGUUUAAUGAUUCUGCAAUGACAGCUGGGGUAUUUUAAAGUUUACGAUGAAGUGUUCCUUUUAUAGUCAUAUUUAAAUAUAAACUUAGAAAGGCAUUUAGCCUCGAUUUAUUGAAUCCUAAGGAUUUCAUGUAAGGUUUUUUGCAACCUGUUUAGUUUUUGUCAUUUAAAAUGCCUAACUUCUUAGGUACACAAACCCAUGGCUUUGUGUACUAGAACCAGAGCAAUCCACUGAUUCAUAUUGGAUCCCAGGUAUACCUCCUGCUGGUGCCAGGUGUCAUAGGGACACUUGUUAGGGACCUUGCCUGACUUUCCUGGAAACUGCUGACCGGUCAGCUGCCUCUUUCUGUCAUGUGUAGGUAGAGCGGGCUGGAAGAACAGGUACUUGCACGGAAAGAGCUCUUCCUUUCCCUUUAGACGUACAGUGGGAGAGGUUGUUAAGUGUUCUCGGUUCCGUUUACUGACUUUUCAAAGGUUUGUGGGAAAUGCAGGUGAUUUAGAGAGAACCUUGUCUAGUUUUUCCUACGAGUCAAUAGGCGGGAUGGACAGGUGCAUGUUGCUGUGUUUUGUGUGGGAGAGUGUAGUAUGCUCUAGGCCGCAGGACUUUUGGCUUUCUUACAUGACUUUCUGCUAAACUGCUUUUCAUUUUAAGGACACGUGCAGCGGAGGCUGGUUUGGGACUAACACAUUUUGCAUUUUGCAUUGUUGUCUUAGAGUGCACACAUUGUAGACUGAUGGUUGCACCCAGCCCACACUGACUGGCCGCUGAGGAGCAGAUAACACUUGUUCUUCACUUUUUACAGGUGUGGGAUCCUGACCUGAGCUGUGUCCUCUGUGAGGACUUCCUUCCCUGGCUUUAAUCCCCAUGUUUAAUUUUCAGGUGCAGCAGCGGUGCCACGUGCUUUCCUUUCACUGUUCUCUUCUCCCGUAUGCGGCCCACUCCCCUGCCCUGGCUGGGAUUCUGGUUCCCUCCUUGUGUUCUGCUUCUCUUCCGUCUUGUUGACACCUGAGGUGUUGUCACUGUUCCCCCAUCCAGCGAGUCUCUGUUUGCAUGUUCUUUCCCUUCACUUCUGUGGCUUCCAUACCUGCAGUGGCCACUGAUACUCACUUGAGUCAGGCUCCCUCUGGCAGGAGGGAGCAUUGUGGAUGUCUGCACCAGGGCCACUUGUGCAGUCUCUCUAACCCUUUUGCCUUGACAGGUCCUUUCCUUGGGAUUUGCUCCUCCAGAACCUGAAUGGGAGAGCUUGACCUUUUGCUUGUUAUUUUGCAGUUUGAUUCUGGGCCUGGAGAUGCUGCCAGUGCCUUCCAGCUGUGGUCUGCGUGUCAUUAACCAGCCCUCUCUGUUUUUGCCCCUCUACCUUUGCAGGACCCGGGGCAUGGGUCAGUGUUAGUGGUAGCGUGCUCUCAUUCGCUUGGAAGUGGUGGCCGUGUGGCCGUUACACUGCCCUUGCUGAUAUGGCCCUCGUCGUCGUGUAAUGUGUGUGCGCCUCCCUGCUGUGCAGGCAGCUUGGAGUGCAGGCUGUGUUGCUGGGAGUGCGAUGGCUGCUUAGAAACCACGAGACACCGCCUUGCUUUCCUCUGGCCUCACUGUUUCUGCCAGUCACGUGCUUUCCCGUGUGAGUGACACUGCCGUGCUUUACCCCCGUCACCCUUUGCGUUACUGCGUGGGAACUCUUGCAGGCUAUCUAUGUGAAGAAUAACUGUGAUGUAGAUGAAAAGAAAGAAAAUGUAUUGUUGUGUGUAUCAUUUAUGUGCUUUCAGAGCAAAAAAAAUGUGUUUCAGCUGUACUGUAACCAAGAAUUCUGUCAAUAAAAUAUUAGAGGUGUUCCUGGC